UUUUGUUAAUUUGUAUUGGACUAAUGCGCCAUUUUGCUUAACUUUUAAUAUUUUUUGGAGAUAUUGUUCUUAUUCAAAAAAAAUCGCGCUCCUUAAUUUUGCGCCAAAUGUUUUUCAGUUAUUGAUUCGUCUCAACGUGUGGAAUUGGACCCAAAUAUUUUCAGAAAUAUCCACUUUUCAGCCAAAAAAAGGUCAAAAAAUUUAAUUUUUUGGCUUCAAAGUGAAUAUUCCAAAAAAAGUUUGGGACAAAAUACAAACGUUUGACAAAAAACUAACGAACGCAAGAAUAAAAAAAUUAAAAAAUUGAAUGAUGAAACUUUCAAAAAAGUGCAUUUAGCACGGUCGAACUACACCUUUGUUGAAACUACAUACUAUAAAACGUGGGGAAAUUAUAUACUCUCGGAAUCUAGUAACUUUAGAGGUCCAGUGGGCAAAAUCAAGGCUUAUAUAAAGGCCUUCUGAGAAUGGCUAUCAUCACCACAUAACCUCUCAGUUUUUAGAAGAAGUAAGGGGUAAAAAUGGAGUUGAAGAAAAGUUUGAAGUUGGAGCUCUUGGGGUUUUUUCUUCUGAAUGUGUUUGUGCUGUCCAUGGCUAGAAAGACAAUCCCUUCCAUCAACUGGGUUCUGAAGGAAACAAAAUAUACAAGGUUGUGUAGCUCAAAGAAGAUCUUGACAGUCAAUGGAUUGUUUCCAGGGCCUACUUUGUAUGUCCGAAGAGGUGAUAGGUUGAUUGUCAACAUUCAAAACCAAGGGAAAUACAAUGUCACCAUUCAUUGGCACGGAGUGAAGCAGCCAAGAAAUCCGUGGUCAGAUGGGCCGGAGUAUGUGACACAGUGUCCAAUCAGACCGGGUGCAAAUUUCAGCUAUGAGAUCAUAUUCUCAACCGAAGAAGGCACACUUUGGUGGCACGCUCACAGUGAUUGGUCUCGAGCCACGGUCCAUGGUCCUAUUAUUGUAUACCCUUCAAAUGGAGCAACCUACCCUUUUCCUAAGCCUCAUGCAGAGUUUCCUAUUGUUUUGGCAUCGUGGUUUAAGGGAGAUGUAAUGGAGAUAAUUCAAAGUGCACUUGAAGGCGGAGGCGAAACAAACAAGUCAGAUGCUCUCACCAUUAAUGGCCAACCGGGUGAUCUAUACAAUUGUUCCAAACCCGGGACGUUCAAUGUACUGGUAAAUUAUGGAAAGACGUAUCUUCUUCGUGUCAUCAACUCAAUUAUGAACGAAGAGGUGUUCUUUGCGGUGGCUCAGCAUAAUUUCACAGUCGUUGGAAUGGAUGGAGCGUACAUCAAACCCAUAAAAACUAAUUACAUCUUCAUAACCCCUGGACAAACCAUCGAUAUCUUAAUGACUGCAGAUAAGUCCCCGAGCCACUAUUAUAUGGCAGCUAGAGCUUAUGAAGGUGUUGUAUUUGAUAACACUACUACAACUGCGAUCGUGAAAUACAUUGGGAAUUAUACAGCGCCAUCAACGCCAGCAUUUCCUAGUAACCUUCCAAAUUACACUAACAUCGAUGCUGUAACAAGUUUCACCAACCGGAUUAAGGCCCUGGCUAGCAAGGAGUACCCGGUUAAUGUCCCCCAAAAAGUUGAUACCCGACUUUUCAUAACUAUUUCGGUGGGCUCGAUUCCAUGCCCUAAUGAUUCAUGCAACGGACCAAAUGGCUCCAGGCUCGCUGCAAGCUUGAACAACGUAAGUUUUCAGACGCCUGAGGUGGAUUUAUUGCAAGCAUAUUACAGGCAAAUCGGAGGGAUUUUCACGACCGACUUUCCAAGCGUGCCGCCUUACUUCUUCAAUUUUACAGCUGAUGAGAUGCCUGAUAACGUUUUAAUACCAUCGACGGGGACUAAAGUGAAAGUCUUGGAGUUUAAUUCAAGUGUGGAGAUAGUAUUUCAGGGGACUAAUGUACUAAGUGCAGCUGAGAACCAUCCAAUGCAUUUACAUGGCUUUAGCUUUUAUCAUGUUGGAUCUGGUUUUGGGAAUUUUGAUAAUAAGACUGGUCCAAAAGGGUACAAUUUGGUUGACCCACCUGAGAUAAACACGGUUGGGGUGCCCAAGAAUGGAUGGGCUACAAUCAGAUUCAGAGCUGAUAAUCCAGGAGUGUGGUUCAUGCAUUGUCACUUGGAAAGACAUUCUAGCUGGGGAAUGGAUAUGGCAUUUAUUGUGAAGAACGGAUCCACCAGGUUAACAAGUAUGCGGCGGCCCCCACGUCACUUGAACCCUUGCUAAUCAAUUUCUCUUAUUAGAAAAAAGCUAGCUUAUAAUUCAAUUUGGCACAAGCUGUGUUUAGGUUGUGAUCAGUACGUAAUUCUUACCACGUGGUGGUGCUCCAGGAGCAAGUAAUAAUUAUCCAUGAUAAAAAGAAAGGAAUAAGCAUAUUACAUAUGCAGCGUAGUUCUUGGUGUGAUUUUUGUUUAAAGGAUAUUUGUUGUAGCUUGCUAGGAUGUGUAUGUUUGAAUCAUGUGGUGGCAUUUCUGUGAGUGAUUUUUGUUUAAAGGAUAUUUGUUGUAGCUUGCUAGGAUGUGUAUGUUUGAAUCAUGUGGUGGCAUUUCUGUGACUUUACCAAUGAAUUGAAUCAUUUGAAGGUCUGUA